AUGGCCGAGAAGAUAGCCUUAGAUUCCUGGAGGUACGCUCAUUAUUUUGAGUUACAGAGCGAAAAGGACAAGAAGAACAUAGUGGUCAAAUGCAAUCUGUGUUUGGUCGGACGUCCUGCCGAGGGAAUGGAGGACAGUGGUGGUGCUCUGGCUGCUAAGCAACAGCGUCUUAGUUUUAGUGCUAGCUCGGCUGUGGCUAAAACGGUGUCCGCCAGUGAAAUCCACAAGCUUGUGGCUGGUGCUAACGGGAGUCCUUUGAUCAGCGUGAGCCAGAGGCUGAGAGGAUUGCUGCCGUCCAAGAUGCCCAAUGAUCUUUUAGAGACUCUCUACAGACUGCUGGACUUGGUUUUCCACGAUGAGCUGUCCUCUAUGCGCCUUUGGGUGGCCAUGCACGUGUCUGACCACAGUGGCUUCCACUAUCGCCAGUUCCUCCUCGAGGAGCUGAUCGCUGAGCUCUCCCAGACUCCAGCCUCCACCACCACCACCACCACCACCACCACCACCGCCAGUUCACCACAGCACCGGUGCAGCACAGUCUCCAGCAGCAGUCCCCCACAUCACGGCCAUGACCAGGCUAAUGGGGAACUGUCGGGAGCGGAGGGAGUGGGUGAGGAGGAGAGGCAGCUCAGCUCCCCCUCGGUCCUUCAACUCUUGCACCAGGAGGUGGAGCUGUGCUCGGACCUGAUCCAGUCCUUCCCGGGUCACGAGACACUUUGGAGUCACAGGCGGCACGUCUACUACCUUUGGCACCACUGGAGGAGGGACCACCAGCACCACUGCAGCAGCAACGGAGGCGGCGAGCCGGACCGCCUAAACAAUGGAGACCCAGUCCCAUCGAAGGCCGGCCCACAAAGCUCUGCAGGCAGGGAGGAGGGGAGUGUGAAUGGACAGAGGCACGCCGGCGAAGCUAUGGAGGUGGACGGGGCGUCCCUGCCGGACCCGCGCGACAGCAAGCGACUGAAGCGGGGCUUGCUGGAGCCCAGCCCCCCCGCCCUGCCCUCCGAGCACAGCUUCGUAAGCGGGAUCCUGGACGGCUGCUGUAACCCCGAGCAGAGACGCUUCGCCCAGGCGUACAAGAAGUGGUUAGACACUGUCAUUAGUCAGCAGCCUUGAGAUAGAUAGAUAGAUAGAUAGAUAGAUAGAGAGAGAGAGAGAGAGAGAGAUAGAGAUAGAACAGCUAGCCCCGUCAGUCUUUCUCAACAUUGGAAGUUGCCUUUAGACACAGAUUUUGGAUCAGCUUAACUACCUGUAUCGCUGACUUGAACUCAUAGUGCUUCGGAUGCGGUGCUGACUUUAGAAACCAGUCAAUGGGGCAGCGUGGUUCCUGUCCCCAUUCUCCUGGUAGUGAGUAGAGAGGACGGGGUCCUUGAGAGUAAGGAUGUUUUUUGGCGACACCCGGUCUGUUGUCUUCCUCGGAAACAUCUGGAUUAUCUGGAGCUUCAUCUGAGUACCCCCUUCAGAAUGGAAAUCUGCACAAGCAGAGCCCGUCGGCUCGCGAUGUGUCGGUUGGUAGAUUCUAGUCUUAUUCCAGGUGUCUCAAUGCCUCAGGUCAACUUGCCACUGCUUUCUUUCGGCACAUCUUCCUUAAUUUCUGUUCAAAUACUUCGGCAAAGAAAAUAAAUGAAGCUGCCAGAGGAUGAGGGACGAUGACUUUGCAGAGGUGAGAGCAGAACUAUAUAAAUAGAACAUAAGACAUGAAACGAUGUGAAAUAAUCAAUAUUAUAAUUAUUCCACAAUAAUAAUGAAUAAAUAAACAUGACCCAAAUAAAUUGUUACGUAA